AUGCUCUCCACCCGCGGAGGAACUUUUGCAAAGGCUGGUCUGGCCGAUGGCUACCUAGGCCCCCCGCGGACACCUUUCGACAAGAACACGAAACAAGGCGUAGUGUCAUUCAACAAUGCAGAAAAUUUCCUCAUGCAAGACGUGAUGCUUGAAUACAUGCGCAAGACAGCAUCAACCCUCGACCAAACAAAUCUAACCUACCACGAAGGCCCCUUCGGCUCAACACGUCUCCGAACAGCAACAGCCAAUCUACUCACAACCCACUUCCAUCCCAGUACGCCAGUCUCACCUUCACAGAUCGUCUUCGCAAAUGGCGUGACAAGCCUCAACGCCAUCUGCGCCCUCAGCCUAACAGACCCCACAGACGGCAUCCUACUCUCUCAGCCCAUCUACGGCUCCUUCUCGGGAGAUCUCCGCGUCCCAUCCAGCUGCCAAUUAAUCUACACUCCCUUCCACGGAGAUGACCCGUUCGGUCUAGCCGCUGUAGCCCGGUACGAAGAGAGCUACUUGCGGGCACGGGACGAGGGUGUGAAGAUCCGUGCCUUGCUAAUCUGCAACCCGCACAAUCCGCUCGGUCGAUGCUACUCGAGAGAGACCCUGCAGGCGCUACUGCAGCUCUGUCAGAAGUAUCAGAUCCAUCUUGUCAGCGAUGAGGUGUACGCUUUGUCUGUUUACGGGGAUGAUCCCGCUGGUGGGUUUGUAUCCGUUUUGUCGAUCGAUCCUGUCUCGCUCGGGGUGGAUCCGGACCUCGUUCAUGUGUUGUAUGGUAUGUCGAAGGAUUUUGCGGCUGCGGGGUUAAGGCUGGGUUGCUUGAUUAGUCGGAAUCAGAGGCUCUUGCAGGCGGCUUUGUCGUUGAGUCGGUUUCAUUGGCCUUCGCAUGUCUCUUGCAGUAUUGCAACGGCUAUUCUUGAGGAUGAAGAAUUUGUGGAUUCGUUCCUGAAGGAAAGUCGCCGUGUGCUUCGUGAACAUCGGGAUCUGGCUGUGUCUGCCUUGGAACAGGCAGGGAUUCCUUUUGCACGGGGCAGCAUUGCGGGAUUUUUCCUCUGGAUUGACUUGUCCAAGUGUCUGGAUGCUACGAUCGUCACUAGUCAAGAUGGAUGGGCUGCAGAGUUGGAUUUGUCUCGCAGACUGCAGCAGAUUGGUGUGGUAAUGUCGUCAGGACUAGCCUAUCACAACGAGACUCCAGGGUGGUUCCGAGUCAUCUUUUCUGUGGAGGCAGAGAUGCUGAACGAGGGUCUCUCAAGGAUCGUCAAGUUCUAUCACAGCUCGGCGGAUUCAGCUUAG